AUGGACAGCGGUUAUCUUGGCCCUGGAGAGAACAACGCCCACGCCUUGGAGGACGACUACAAUACCAUGCGGGAGCUGGCUCCGGAAGAGGUAAUAGGAGUCAUGGACGAACUUUUAUGCCAUGAGAUGGCAUGGCAUAUGGGCCACCCGCUCUCCCAAACCCUCUUUACGUCCCUAUACCUCGAUAAAUUGUUAUGGCCCGUCCCAAAAACUAUCGAAGAAGCCCAUUUCGGUCGCCCGCAUCUCCCUGUCAAUGAAGACACUCCUGAGCUGGUCCAUCUCGUUUUGCGCGCAUAUUGCCUCGCGCUAGUGAAGUGUUGCGACUUCGUUCACGCGCGAGUAUCGACAGAAUACUACUAUGAGGAGGAGGACUUUGUCACUCAGCUAUAUCAUCGCUCUUUGCUAUCGCAGUUCGACACCCAGUAUUUCACCAAACUUGUAGAUCGGGCACUAUCCUGGAUUGAUGACCCGGAAAACAAGAUGGAUGAAAAGGUUAGGGCAGCUAUCAGAUGUCGGCUGAUAUUUCGACGCGACUUUCUUCUUGGGCUGGAGCAAGACAUCGAUAUCAUAGAGAGUCGAGACACCUCUCACUUUACUUCCUGCGCAUCUCAACUGGCCUCGCUAUCACAAUCUGUCUCAUUGGGGAAGCCUGUCCCCGAGUCAUUCAGUUGGAAAAUCCAGCGGAAGCUAGCAAGCACAGUGCCUCCUCGACCGAUGGUCAAAAUAAGCCCCGAGGAAGCGCUCGCACAUCUGACACGAUUGUGUCGGGAUGCUGUGGACAUACUGGAGAUUCUUGAGUAUCAAGGACCCUAUAACUUGAAGGUUGCGAUUUGGACCCUCCUUUCCCGUAAACCACAGCCAUCUGUUUACAUCCGGUCACUGGUGCAAACCAUCAUCGUGAAUAACAUGACUGUCCUGGGGACCGUACCUGUCAAGCAGUUCCUCUAUGAUGAGCUUGCGGAGCUUGUUCUUCCGUCGAGCUCCCUCCUUCAGGCGAACACUGACGAAACUGAGAUGCCCUCCGACCCUCGCUUUCAGAUUGCGAGACACAUGGAUGCAUUCGUCAAACGAUUUGCGCAACCAUUUGUGGACACAUUCCGAAGUUCUUGUCUGAAUCGCUGCCGUAUUCGCCGGACUGUCUGCCAUACUAUCGUGGAUUGGGACAACUUACAAAUGGAGGCCGAAGAUUUGGACGAACAGCUUCGGACCUUAAAUAACGAACCACCCUUGGUGCUCCAGAAUGGUGACACCACCUAUUCGUACCCCCUCAGUAGCUGGACCUAUCACCAGAAACUGAACCAGUUCCGACUUAUCAUUCAGCUCGGAUUUGAACUGUCGAUAUACUCUCCCGAGGAACUGCCGGGGAUGUACUGGUAUCUGUCCCAUAUCUGUUCGACACAUCUGGGACACAUUGAUCGCAUCCGCACAUUCACCGUCUCCAUGGCAAAGCGGAACCUCACGUCCUUGGCUGGAAAGAAGCGCGAAGCGGUCGAGCGUCAUGUUGCGUUUCAGAAGUCCCUUCGGCUCCUUGAGCGACUCACUACUCAAAUUGUUGCCGUCGACGCGUUUGCGAUCGCUUUGCAUGCCUUGUAUGUGCUUCUUGCGCGACACAAUGUCUUACCCGUGUCCUCGUCAGGCGAAGCAUAUUCGAGUGAACGUUUGCGGUAUGAACUGCGGAUGAAACCGUUCAUCCCCAUCACUCUACCCGAGCUUGUUCCAUACGAAGAAUACCGACGCGAGGCUAUGCUAGAGGGUGACAGCGAUGAGAUUGUGCUGGAACGUGCGGCAAAGGCCGUUUCAGAAGCACGCAAAGCGUGGGAGGCGACUCUUAGCAAUGGAGCAUUUGUUAAGGAAUCCGAGAACCCAAUUACUCGAGCGCCCGCGCUUGAGGAAGACUGGAACCGAGGCGUCAAGGAUACAAUGCGGGCUUGCAUCGGCGCUAGCAUUGCUGUUGAGACCGUGAAGAAGGCUUUGGGUGCGCAGAAGGGGUCGAAAGAUGCAAAGGAAACCAACCUCGCCGACUGUGACCUCAACGGACAAGCAUUGAAGCUGAAAGUGACUAUUCCCGAACCAGGGUCCAACUCUCGGUGGCACGAUUGGUGGGCGGUACCCCAAGUUUCGCCGGCGCCGACGGAUCCAAAAUCAUGA